CGAGAUUACACGAACUUUUAUGUAAUAGUCACCUUAUUAAGUAAACUUUAGAUAUCAUACAGACAGCCUUAUUUCUAUGACCAGUUACUUUAUAUCAAAUUGUGUCUAAAGUUAAACUAAACAUUCAGAUUUUAUACAUUCGUCUAAUUAUGGAAUCAGAAGACCCGAAAGUAACAGAAUUUCUCGAAAUUGUGUUUCAUGACAUGAGACAAACUGCAGCUGGUGCAGUAAAUUUGUCGAGUUCUCUUAGAGCUCGCGCUAGACCAUAUACUAAAUUUAAAAAGCAAUUGAACGUAAUGUAUAGAGCUCUUGAUCCCAUGCACAGGUCUGGCUUUGAAACGCUUUUUUUGUUUCUUCAUUUAAACAAGACUAAUGCAUUCAACGUGAUGUCAUCCCAUUGUUUGGCAGUAUGGGAGCAAUGCACUGAAGGUAUAGACGUAUUUCUUCAUUUAAUGUAUACGUGUAGUUUUACUUAUUCACUUUUAGCAUUUUGUGAAAGUAAUGGAGAGCCUAAUUUAUUAUGUUUAUUUUCAAAAUGGAUUAAGGAGAUGUAUUCUGAUCUAAUUAAACCGAAGUUUGAGGAUGCAGAUGGAUGGGAAGGAUUAGAUUUUUUCUGCUCAACAUCUAAUCUGCAUUUUAUUUUAGAUUUUAUAAAUCUCUGUUACAAUAAGCAAGGGAAGUUGUUUACUCACAUCGUAUUAGGAGAUAGGUACUACUUUUUUGGACUUAAUCAUGACGAUAUUAUUAGUUCCUUAAGGAAAAAUUUUGGAGACUUCAAAAAUGCAGUUCUUGCAGAAUAUGAAAGCGAACUAAAUGGCAAUUUUAAGUAUAAAUUUGCAGUUAUGUUAGCUUUUAUCAAGAUAGAGUUAGCCUUUGAUCAUACCGCAAGUGUUUUCAAUCCACCUAGUCCACGCAAUCGCUUACUAUAUCCGACACCAGUUCUUUUCAAAUACUAUAUGUGGAAUUCUCUGAAAAAUAAUAUGCCUGAUAACAUAAGACGUGCUUUUGUUGAGCAAGAAGAACAAGCUCGUAUUAAUAAAGUGCAAGCUUAUCUCAACCAAGAACAAUCUCGUGCUAAUCAAGUGCAAGCUUAUCUAAAUCAAGAACAACCUCUCGCUGAUCAAGAAGAAAUUCUAACAAAUCAAGAUCGUGCUAAUCAAAAACAAACACAUUGCGAGGUAGAAAAUGACUAUUUUGAUUCAGAACACACUCCUGACAUCGAUUUCCUCAUUACCGUUUUCCGAGACUAUAUUGAUAUCACAGAUCAAACACCCCCUAUUGAAAAACACUUUCCAGCUGACGUAGCAUCUCCUGGUAUCAAAGAACAAGCUUCUGAUAUUGUGGAACAAGCACCCAAUAAUGAAGAACAAGAUUCUGAUAUUGAAAAACAAGAUUCUGAUAUUGAAAAACAAGAUUCUGAUAUUGAGGAAAAACCUUUCGACAAUGAAAAAAAAUCACCUCUCAUUAAAGAACGGGCUCCUGAUAUUAAUCAAAGAGGUCUCAAAACCAUAGAAGAGAUAUCUGCUACUGUGAAACAAUAUUUUGCUAAUGCAAAACAAUUUAAUACCAUAGAAAAAGCAUUUGCUUUUGCAGAACAAUAUUAUGCUGCCAUGAAGUUAGCUCCUGGUACUAAAAACGCUCCUAACAACGCAAAUGAUUCACAAAUACAAAAUAGAACGAGCAGGCGUUUAAUUUUUGUAAAAUAUGAUCCCGAAGAUAGUGAAAGUUAUUCUGAUUCCGAAUAGCAGAAAUUUUUAUGUUAUUACCGUAAAAAAAUUGUGAUAUCCCUCAAACAAAUUAAGAAAAUAUAAGAGGGGACAUGAUGAAUGAAGAUACAUCUUUUUAAUUAUGGUAAUAUAGUGAGUUUUAACAAUAAAAUUAUUUUAAAGAGGCGAAAGUUUUUUAAUUUAUUAAAAUGUUAUUGUAAAAUUUAUUUGACAUUAAAAACUGAAUUUAUAAACAAUGAAUUUUACAAGUAGAUUUUAUGCUCAUCGUAUUAAAAUUUUAGUUUUUUUUCGAUGUAAACAUCAUACUCGUAAAAUUCACCAUUUAUGGAACUUUAAUGUUUAUGUUUGCAAAGCUCUUUUGAAGUAAGUAAUAAUUUUGCUGAAUGCAUUUGAAAUAUAUUUUAUUAUUUGAGGUUAGAUUUCUUAAAAAUAUUUCAAGGUCAUGUAAUAAAUCAAAUUUGUAUUAUUGAUUUUUAUUUAAAGAUAUUCUUGUUCAAAAUAUUUCGUUGCAAACUUAUUAUUACUUCUUAUUUUUUUAUAGAUUACUUCACUGUGAUAUUUCUAUUUGAACUUAAGUGAAAAUUAUUUUACUGAUAUAUGUAGUAAUUUGAAUGUAAUACUAGAAUAUUUCCAUAAAAAUUAGAUUUUAAUUUUUUCAUUGAUACUUUCGGAUAAAAUGUAAUAUUGUAUUUUACACUGAAUAAAAUUUUUAUGCGUA